CGAGAAAAAAAUUCCAUCAAAGAGCGAGCGCUCGCGAGAAGAACGUAUCGCGAACUUCUGGAAAGAAUUUCCGAGAAAGGAAUCUCGAAGCAUCUAGCGCGCUUUCCAUUCACAAGCAAACAAAGACAAAAGGAUGAAGAAAAGAAGUAUAAAAUAGAAAGUCUAGCCUAGCGGGUUUAAAGCCUGGGCUAGGGUUCUUCGAAUUGACGAUUCACUGAAUGGUUCUUCCUCGUGAAUGAAUCCCUCCGGCGCCGGGAUGUGUGGCGCUCCUCCAUGUAAGAAUCAUCCUCCGCGGCGGCAUUCUAAUUGCGAGAUUUCUCUCCUCGAUCGCCGCCAUGGGCUACAGGAGCUGCCUAUCGCUGCCGGUGGCGGUGGUGUUGAUGCUGGUGGGAUUUGUCUACUACACGGUGGUAUUUCUAGUCCUAGAUCCGUGGCUUGAUCUAGCCACCGCGAAUGGCCUCGCCAAUGCCCUCGCCUUCACUGCUACCACUCUCAUGGCGCUGGUUUCUUACGCUCUAGCGAUUCUCAGGGAUCCAGGGGAGAUUCCUUCUUCGUAUUUGCCCGACGUGGAGGACUCCCAGCAAGCUCCUCUCCAAGAAGUGAAGCGCAAGGGGGGAGAUUUGCGCUACUGUCAAAAAUGCAGAGUCUACAAGCCACCGCGAGCUCACCAUUGCCGAGUUUGCAAGCGUUGUGUUCUCCGGAUGGAUCACCAUUGUUUGUGGAUCAACAACUGCGUUGGUCACAACAACUACAAGUCCUUUUUCCUGUUCGUCCUCUACAUCACCUCAGCAUGCAUCUACUCUCUGGUGGUGCUUGGCUUUCACGCGGUUGACGAGUUUGAGAGAGCUCUAGAGGUCGUGGCAGUGGAGGAUGACGCAGCGAUCGUCCAGCCGGUCAAGGCAUCUGUGGCUACUGCUUCUCUUCUAAAGAUAAUUUGCGGCAUCGUUGUUAUUCCCCUCUCCGUUGCACUAUCGGGUCUCCUGGUCUGGCAUAUCUACCUUUCCUUACAUAACAGAACCACAAUUGAGUACUACGAAGGGGUACGUGCAAAAUGGUUAGCACACACCUCCGGACCUUAUAGUCAUCCAUACGACCUUGGAGCUCUUUCAAACAUUUUGGUACUCUACGUCCAGGUUUUGGGCCCCAAAGCGUCGUGCUGGUUUUGCCCGAUGGCAGUAGGACACAUUGGAUCCGGCCUGCAUUUCAAGACCUCUGGAAAUGCCGCGGGGAAGUUAUAGGUACCGAUUUUACACA